AGCGGAUGCACUGCGCCGCUUCUUCCUUCACCUUGUAUCAUCCCCUCUAUUCGGAGACUUUGUAGCUCUAGCUACUUGUCUCGUCUCCUUGUAAGUUGUAAUCAAUCAUUCCUUCGACUGACUGCGGCGGUUUAUCGGUGCACUGCAAAUGGAGCCUUCGAGCUUGGAGCCAACCGUGACAUGCCACGUGGUGGCGAUGCCGUUUCCUGGGAGAGGCCACGUUAACCCGUUGAUGAACUUCUGCAAACUCAUAGCCGCGAGUCCACCGCGUAACACUAACACGCUCAUCACUUUCAUCGUUACUGAAGAGUGGUACGGCUUCCUCAGCUCCGAUCCCAGGCCGGCUAACAUCCGUUUAGUCACCGUCCCAAAUGUAAUACCUUCAGAAAUUGGCCGAGCCAAAGACUGGCCCGGUUGCAUUCGAGCAGCUUUGACCAAGCUACAAGCUCCGGUCGAGCAGCUCUUGGACCGGCUUGAGCAGCCCAAGCCUAACGUUAUCGUGCACGAUACCUACUUGAAGUGGAUGGUGGGUGUAGGGAAUCGGAGGAAUAUUCCGGUGGCUUCGUUUUGGACGCAGUCCGCCACCGUCUUCUCCAUUUUCCAUCACUUAGACCUCGUACUUCAAAAUGGCCAUUUUAGUUUCAAUUUGGCAGAGAAAGGAAAGGAGCAGGUUAAUUAUCCUGGGGUCCCUGAAAUGCGCACUUCUGAUCUUCCAACGCCAUUCUUCUCUGCUAGAGGCCAAGAAGUGUUGGACGAUUGCUUGGAGGGCGUAUCACUGGUUUCUAAAGCACAGUUCCUUUUAUUCACUUCCACCUAUGAGCUUGAAGCUUCAGUGAUUGAUGCACUAGGAAAAGAAUUUGCCUUCCCUAUCUGUUCCAUUGGUCCUGCAAUACCUUGCUUCAAUCUCAAUGGUAAUGCGGCCACAAAUGCUGGAGGCGGCGAUGAACCUGAGUAUGUUCAGUGGUUGGAUGCUCAACCGACAAAUUCUGUUCUUUACAUAUCACAAGGAAGCUUCCUUUCUGUCUCGAGUUCCCAAUUGGAUGAGAUUGUUGCAGGGGUGCAUGAUAGUGGCGUCCGGUUCUUUUGGGUGACACGAGAGGAUACGAGUCAUAAUCCAAAAAGAGGUGAUACCAAGGGUAUUAUAGUGCCUUGGUGUGACCAAUUGAGGGUGUUGUCACAUAAUUCUAUAGGCGGGUUUUGGUCUCAUUGUGGGUGGAAUUCCACUAAAGAAGGUAUUUUCUCAGGCCUUCCGAUGCUCGGCUUUCCUAUUUUCUGGGAUCAAACGACAAACGCUAAGCAAAUUGUGGAAGACUGGAAGAUUGGGUGGAGAGUGAAGAAAGAUGAUGAGAGUUUAAUAACAAGACAGGAAAUUGCGAGACUUCUGCAGAAGUUUAUGGACUUGGAAAGUGACGAAGGAAGAGAAAUGAGAAGAAGGGCAAAAGAAUUGCAGGUCAUUUGCCAGCAGGCAACAGAAAAAGGUGGAUCCUCCAAGAGUGCCAUUGAUGCUUUCAUGGAGGACAUUUCAUGCCACAUCCGUUGAAUUUAUUUCCUUCUUCAUAUAUUGUAUCGUUGACCUGAUAGCAAGCGAGCUUUGUUAGAACAAUAAUCUGAUGGCAUUAUUGAUAAGAACAAAUGUAUUGAUAAAACGGUCUA